AUGGAUAUAAUUGAAUUAAUUGAGAAUAGAAAAUUUGAAGUUAUAGUUAAAAAUGUAAAAAUAAAAAAAUUAGAAAAGUAUUUUUUUUGUUUUUUAAGAUAUAAUAAUUUAUACAAAGGAAAAAAUAAGUAUAUAACAAAAAUAUGGAAAAGUAUAACUAAUGAAAAAGAGUAUUUUAAUAAGUUUAAUGAUUUCGUAUUUGUUAAUUUUAAAUAUAUUUGUAAUUUUUUAAUAAAUAUAUCACAUAAAUUAAAUGAUGAUGAAUAUAAAGAGUUAAUAAGCAAAAAGAUCAUUGGAAAUAAAACAUGUAAUGCAACAAUAGUAGAAGUUUUCCUUAUUCAAUUAUAUCAUGUAAUUCAUCACAAUUCAAAUAUCUUAAAAAAAAAAAAUAUUGAAGAAGUUGAGAAAACUUUUAACAUAAGACAUUGUAAAGACAAUGAAAAUGGAACUUCUAUAUGCAAUGAAUAUAUAAAUAAAAAUUUUAUCAUUUUUUCAAACAUAAUUUUUAUAAAUGAAAAUAAAGAAUUUGAAAUAUUGUUUAAUAUUAUUCAUCCACUUAUUUAUAACACAUAUAUUUCUAAUUUAGUCAAGGAUAAAGUAGAAUCAUCUAUUUUAAAUAUUAACGAAUGUUUUUUACAAUAUAUGAUUUAUAUUUUAUAUACUAUAUAUAUGAAAAAUAAAGAUAUAUUAUUUUUUUAUUAUUUGAUCUAUAAAAAUUUAAAGAAAGUAAGAAAAAAUAUAAUUAAUAAUAAACAAAUUCUAACUGAACUAAAAAUAAUAAAAUUCAUAAAAAAAAAAUUUAACAAAGUAAUUAACGAUUUUAAAUGUUUAAGAAUAUUUUUACUAAAUAUAAGUGACAGUAACACUAUUCAUAAUUUUGUAAAUUUUAUUUUAAUAUUUCUACAUAAUCAUUUAAUUAGUAUUAGUUCAGAUAAAUGGGAAAAUGACUAUAUAUCUUAUAAAGAAGAAAAUAAUUUAUUUGAAUUUUCUUUUUUUGUUUAUUUAUCAAUUCAGGAUUUAUGUAUAAAUGGUUCAUCAAUUUUUAAUUAUAAUAUACAGAAAAUAAAAAACUUUCUCAAAAAUGAGCAAACUAUUUUAUUUGAUAUUUAUAUGUUUUUAUAUUUCAUUAAUAACAGUAAUUGUGAUAAUUAUGUUAAAUUAAAAUUAAUUUUAUUAUGUUUAAUAAAAUGGAACGUUUUAUCUGAUUUACUCAAGAAAAAUGAUGAGAAUUUAUUCCUUAAAAUAGAAGAUACUAUAUAUAAUGAUUUAAUUGAAAAGAAAAAUAAUGAAUUAAAUUAUAACCAAAGUGAUAGUAAUAAUAUUGAUAACAUCAAUAGCAAUAGUAACAGUAAUAAUAACAUUAAUGAUAAUAAUAAAAGUAAUAAUAAUAACAAUAACACUAAAAAUAGUAAUAUGAGUUACAGAGAAAAAAAAAAAGAAAUGAUAGAAAAUAAUAAUUAUAAAAAGAAUAUUUACAAAUACAUUUCUAAUUAUUUGAAAAAUAACGAUGAAUUAAUAAAUUUUUACUUAAAAAAAAAGAAUUUUUAUAACUUUGGUUACAUAUUAAAAUACAUAUAUAUAUGUUGUUAUAAUAAUAUUAAUAAUAAAAAAGAAUAUUUCAUAAAAUAUGACUUUUUUGAAAAAAUUGAAAACAUAUAUAUGUAUAAUUACAGUGUAUACAGUGAUGUUAGUUAUUCAUCUAAUUAUUUAUCAACUAAUAUAAAUGAUGAUAUUAUAAAAAGCAAUUAUAUUAAUAUUAUAUCUAUUUUAUUGCAUAUGAAUAUUAUUAAUAUAAAUGACAUAUGGAGUUAUUAUUUAUUAAAUUUAAUUGAAAAUAAUUAUUUUUUUCAAAUUUUAAAUUUCUUUAAAUAUAAAAAAAAAAAUGUUCUCUUUUAUUUAACUAUUUCAACUUUUUUAAAAAUAAACUAUGAAUCUAUAUACACUUUCAUGAGUAUAAAAGAAUUAAAUCAUGUAAAAAAAAAUAGUUUCGAAAUAAAUUUUUGUGUUCAGUUUUAUGAAGAUAAGAUGAAAGAAGAAUAUUUUUUAAAAAUAAAUUCAUUAAGAAAAGAAAUUGUAGAAUAUGCAUCUAAUGAAAACAGAAUAUUAGAUAUUUUGUGCUUUUUGUCUAUGAAUAUUUCCAAAGAGAUAAUCAAACUCCCAUUGAAUAUUUUAAAAAAUAUAUUUAAAGAGAUUUUUAAAUAUUUAUCCAAGCCAAUUCACGAUGUUAAAAAAAGUAUUAAUAAUUAUUUUAGCAAUAUGUGUUUGCGAAUUGCUUUUUAUAUAUUCGAAUUAAUUUUUAUUAUAUCUUCAUAUAUCUAUUAUUCAAAUGAAGUAGAAAAUAUAGAAGACUAUAACAAAAAGUUUUAUAUUUUUUCUUUUUAUUUUAAUUUAAUAGAUGUUUACGUAAAAUUUGUUGAAAAAUAUAAUAAGAAAAAUAACUCAUAUAUAUUAUCUUUUUUAAAUUAUGAAUUUAUACAAGCAUUCCUUUUAUUUUUUAAUUAUUCUUCAAGCACAAAAAAAAUUAUUAACGAUUCAUUUUAUGCUGUUAAAAAAAAACAGAAAAAAGGGAAUAGUAGUAAAGAGGAAAAAACAAGUUUAUUUGAAAAUUUCAGCAAUCGGAUUAUUUUUAAUUACAAUAAAAAUAAAAAAAACGAAACUUUCUUUGAGAAUUGUAGUAGCAAUUAUUUAAUAUGCAAUAAACAGAAAAAUACUUUGCCAUCCAAUAGAUUAAAUAAUAUAGAAAAUUAUUAUUAUCAGAAUCAAAAUAAUAAAAAAUUAGAGGAAAUGUUUUUAAAUACGAAACAAAAAGAAAACAUUUCUAGAUUGAUGAUUAAGCAGAAAAUAUUGGAUGAAUCAUAUUCCAAUUAUAUUACUUCUAUCAUUUUAAAAUUUAUUGAAAAUAAUAAUGGCCAUAUAAAUUGUUAUUUCUAUACCUUAUUAAUGUAUGCCAUAGCUAAAUUGCAUUUAUCACACAAUUAUAGAUAUAGAGAAAUUAAUUAUUUAAUUAUUUUACACAUUCUACCUUGGGGGAGUUGCUUGAAUUUUUCUAUUAGAAAUAGUCAAUUAAGUUGUUUUUUUUUUCAAAAAUUUUAUGAAUGUGUUCAAAAUUUGCUACCAGAAAUUGUAAUAGAACAUUUCCAAGAUGACUUAGAUUUUAAUUUUACAAUUAAUAAAACCAAUGUUUUAUUAAACUGCUUUAAUAAAGAAAAACAAAAGAAAGAAAAUUUUGAAAGAGAAUUUUUUAAUAAGGAAAUGAAUAACGAAAACUAUGGAACAUCCAAUAAUAAGGAAAGUAUGUUAGAAAAUAAUAAAGAAAAAAAUUACAAUGAAUUAGAUAAAUAUAAUUUGGAAAUAAUGAACGUAUAUGAGCAAAUUAUAAAUGGUACAUAUGCUAUUAAAAUGUUAUUUUUUUCAGAAAAUUAUAGAAAUAUAGAUAUAUGUUACUUAAAUAAAAUUUUUAAAAGCAAUGUAUUGAAAAAUUGCCUAUUAAUUACCACUUUUAUUAAUAUUUAUUUUUUAAAAAAACAAGAACCUUUUUUUGAAAAUAAUUUCAUUGAUGUUAUUCGAAGUAUUUUUGAUGAGCAAGUAUCUUCUUAUUAUAUAUCUAUUUUUCAAAAUCCUUUGAAUUUUUUUUUAAAUUGUUCUAAAAGAUUUUGUGAAUUAUUAGUUCAAUAUGACUGUUUAGAUAGUUUGCUUUCUUUUAUCUUUAUGAAACUAUAUUAUUAUUUAUCAUUAAUACCUCCAAAACUUUCACCAGAGGAUUUUCUGCCUAUAAAUGUUGAAGAUAUAACCUCUCUUCAAGAAACAGCAGUUGCACAAUUUUUACUUAACAUCAAAAAGGAAAAUUUAAAAAAAGAUGAGAUACAAGAAGAAAACCCCCCGAUAAAAUCAGAUAGCUGUAAUAACUUAAUUUUUCAGGAUUUAAAUUUCUUCUUAAAAAAAAUGGAUAUAUUGGUAAAAACAUUCAGUUUAAAUUGCUUAAAUAGUUUAUGUGAAUCAGGUUUUAAUGAAAAAAGUGCAUUUUAUUUAUCUUUUUAUAUAACCCCAACCAUUUUUGCAAAUAUAUUUUAUUACUUAAACAAUAAUAUAAUGGCAAUAGUAAAUGAAAAUUUCAACUUAGAAGAUAACUUAAAAUAUUAUGAACAUAUUCAUAUAAAGAAAAAGGAAUAUACAUUAGAACCCUAUAAUAUAAUUGAUAAAACCAUAUUUUAUUUACAAAUGGUUGUUUUUUAUUUAAUUAUUAAUGCAAACAAUAAGUUGAUGAAUACUUCUAAUUACAUUCAGAAUGUUUCUAUAUAUUUUACAAAAUGCUUACAAACACAUACUAAGGCAUAUGUAGAUAAAUUAAUUAUUUUAAUGAUACCCAUAAUGCUUCAAUAUUUUUAUUUCUUUCCAUCUUUUAUACCUUCUGUUAUAGUAAUUUUAUCUGAAAUUCCUAAUUAUGAAAACGAAUUUUCAAAAGAAAUUAUAAAAUUUGAAAACAAAAUUAAAAGAAUACUAGAAGUUUCAUAUAAAUUGGGGUCAGAAAAAAAGACGUAA